UCUUCGAAUAUUUUGCUGGUCGCAUUAUCACCAUUCCGGUGCUUCCAAAGUCCCCCACCAACUCCAAAUAGCAUUUCUCUGCGAGCAGAGUGAAGCUGAAUUCAAUGGCGUCCCUACUAAACACAGUUUCUUCUAUCAGAUUAUCCAAAGUCUCUACCAGACGAGUUCGAACUCAGUCUCUUAUCUGUCCGAUUUCUAUUUCUGUCUCCAGGCGUAGAGUGAAGAUUAGAGCAGCAGAGACAGAUGCAAAUGAAGUUAAAUCUCAGGCACCGGAUACGGCUCCCGCAGCCGCUGGUGGUGGUUCAAGCUUCAACCAGCUUCUUGGCAUCAAAGGAGCGGCACAAGAAACUAAUAAAUGGAAAAUUCGUCUACAGCUUACAAAACCUGUUACAUGGCCUCCAUUGGUGUGGGGAGUAGUUUGUGGGGCUGCUGCUUCUGGAAACUUCCACUGGAAUUUGGAGGAUGUUCCAAAAGCAAUUGUUUGCAUGCUUAUGUCUGGCCCUUUUCUCACUGGUUAUACUCAGACUCUCAAUGAUUAUUAUGACCGAGAAAUUGAUGCAAUUAAUGAACCAUAUCGUCCAAUUCCAUCUGGGGCAAUAUCUGAGAAUGAGGUCAUUACCCAAAUCUGGUUGCUGCUCUUAGGAGGCCUUGGCUUGGCUGGUCUGUUGGAUGUGUGGGCAGGUCAUGACUUCCCUACACUUUUUUACCUUGCUUUGGGGGGAUCAUUAUUGUCCUAUAUAUAUUCUGCUCCGCCUUUGAAGCUGAAACAAAAUGGAUGGAUUGGCAACUUUGCCCUGGGAGCAAGCUAUAUCAGUUUGCCAUGGUGGGCUGGUCAAGCUUUGUUUGGGAAUCUUACACCAGACAUCAUUGUUCUGACACUUUUGUACAGCAUAGCUGGUCUGGGCAUUGCCAUCGUAAAUGAUUUUAAAAGCGUUGAAGGGGACAGAGCGCUGGGGCUUCAGUCUCUUCCAGUAGCUUUUGGUGCCGAAACUGCUAAAUGGAUCUGUGUUGGUGCUAUUGAUAUAACUCAGAUAUCCGUGGCUGGUUAUCUGCUUGGGGCUGGUAAACCCUUUUAUGCGUUAGCCCUGCUCGGUUUGAUAAUUCCGCAAAUCGUUUUCCAGUUUCAGUACUUUCUCAAAGACCCUGUCAAGUACGAUGUAAAAUACCAGGCAAGCGCACAACCAUUUCUUGUGCUAGGUCUGCUGGUGACUGCUUUGGCAACCAGCCACUAAUCCUUAGACAAUGAAGCACUUUGAGGCCAAAGAGGACAACCAUCGGGAAGAGGAAAACCAUAUAAGCAGGCGGAUUUUUUUUCCUAUUAUAUCAAGCAUGUCCUCCUGAAAAGGAGCCGCAUGCUUUGCCUCAUCAAUCAUCGCUAGUGUAUAAUAACAUGUGGAAUGACGUUCCGGUGCAAGAUUGGAGAUAAGACGGGUUCCUUGCCACCUCCAGCAUGCAACAGUUGUUUUUAUUUCCGUCUUUUCGUAGAGAACUGUUUGUUUCAUGGAAAACUACAGGUGCAGAAGAUAAUUUGUUUUGUUUGUUUUAUGUUGGUAUUGAACCCCUAAUGCCAUUGAUGAAAAAUUGAAAGUGGUUUAUAGGGCGGU